GUGGCCCAGGUGAUGGGCGUGGCCGGUCGCCAGGUUGACCUGCCCUGCGACAUCAGCACGCAUGACCCGGAGGAUCAGGCCGUGCUGGUUCUGUGGUACAAAAACGACGAGGGCACGCCAAUGUUCAGCUUCGACGCGCGGGGCAACAAGUCAUUCUCGGACCGGUCCGUCGGCAUGGAGCUGAUGCGCGGCACGCGCGCCAUCUUCGUCACGCGGCCGCCGGCGCUGCGACUAGGCAGCGCCGUGCCGCAGGACCAGGGUCUCUACCGCUGCCGGGUCGACUUCAGGAACAAUCCGACGCGCAACCACAGAGUCAACCUGACCAUCAUCAUUCCACCUGACAUCCCGAUCAUUAUACACGACAACCGCCCUGCGACGGGUCGCAUCGGGCCGCUGGCAGAGGACGAGCCGCUCGAGCUCACCUGCCUCUCGCAGGGAGGGCGGCCGGCGCCGCGCGGCCAGGUCACGAACGUGCUGCGCCUGCCGCCGCUGAGCCGACACGACCUGCACGCCCGGCUGGUCUGCGCCGCAGCCAACAGCAACGUCAGCUUGCCGGCCGUCAACGACGUGGUUCUCGAGAUGAACUUUCGGCCACUGAGCGUGGAGAUCCUGGGCUCGCCGCGGACCUCCAUGUCCGCCGGCAAGACGUACGACCUCGUCUGCCGCACGUUCGGGUCGAGGCCGGCAGCCAACCUCACCUGGUGGAUCGACGACAGACGCAUCACAGGAGCCAAACAGGCGGAGUCUGGCGGCGGCAACAUCACGAGCAGCACGCUGCCGCUGCAGCCGCGCGCAGAGGACAACGGUCGCCAGCUCGUGUGCCGAGCCGAGAACAGUCAGGUGGCCGGCGGCUCGCUAGAGCACCGCCGGCAGCUGGCUGUCAGAUUCGCUCCGAUGGUGACGCUGAAACUUGGCUACGCCCUGAACCCGGACGACAUCAAGGAGGGCGCCGACAUCUACUUCGACUGCACGAUCCACGCCAACCCUCCGGUCUACAGCGUGAUCUGGUACCACGACGGCGCGCCGCUGGAACCCAGCGCCGGGGCGGGCGCGGCUGACCGGGUCAGCAUCAGCGAACGCAGCCUGGUGGUGCGCAACGUCAGCAGCAGGGCGGCCGGCGCCUACGUCUGCAAGGCCUCCAACCCGGAGGGCGACGGCGCCAGCCGGCCCGUCCUGCUCAGCGUCAAGUACGCGCCCGUUUGCGUGCAGGGCCAGAAGAGGCGGUACGGCGCGGCCCGCCACGAAGCCGUCCAGGUCACAUGUCAAGUGGACGCCAACCCGCCGGUCGUCACCUACAAAUGGCAGUUCAACAACUCCGUGGAGAUCGUCGAGCUGGCCUACUCUCAGGUGACCUCCCGGGGCCUGGAGAGCCGGGCCACGUACAUACCGAAGACGGAGCGCGACUAUGGCACGCUGCUCUGCCGGGCCGAUAACGAGAUCGGCCGCAUGGUGCUGCCGUGCGCCUUCCAGCUGGUGGCCGCCGGCCGACCGGACCCGCUCCGGAACUGCAGCGUCAUCAACCAGACGUCCGACUCGCUGGAGGUGGAGUGCGCGGCCGGCUUCGACGGCGGUCUGCCGCAGUACUUUGUGGCCGAGCUGUACGACGUGGCGGGCCGGCGGCUGGUGCGCAACCUCACGCGCCCCUUCCCCGACUUCGCGGUGCUGGAGCUGCCGCCGGGGCUGGAGCUGCGGCUCGAGCUGUACGCGGCCAACAGUCGCGGACGCAGCCGAGCCGUCACACUCGAGGGAUUCACGCUCAAGAUGCCCGAGAAGCGCACCUCCAAAGGCGCCGGCGCGCCACCGGAGCAGCCGUUCUCGGUGACGCCGAUCCUGGGCGUGCUGAUCGGUCUGGUCGCCUCCCUCAUCAUCAUCGCCAUCGGCGCCGUCGCCUGCAUCAGGAACAACAGCGGCCGGUCACGGAAGCCGGCCACCCACACGGACCUGGCGGCGCCUUCCGUGCCGGGCAAGGGCGGCGCCGAGCCGGGCCCCCCGCCGGGCCGGGCCGCGACCCAGCCCCCCGCCAAGGGCUGCGACCCGGACGACCCCAACCCGGACGUGGUGCCCAGCCGACACGAUCCUGAAUGUGAAGUGACUGAGGGGACGCUCAUGUUAAACCACCUCGCGGGAGAGAUGAAGAGAAAUAACGUGUCGUCUCCCGACUAUCCCGCAACAAAGCAAAUCAAGUCAAAAUUGUACCAGGACGACGGCAUCCAGUACGCCGAGCUGACGCUGCCCCGCGCGGGUCAGGCGGGCAAGGUGACCCGGGGUCGCGACCCCGACGCGAGCGUCAUCUACGCGUCCAUAGACCACCGGCGGGGCGGCGGUCCGGCGCGGGACACAGUGGUGCGCGCGCCGCUCCUCAACAACGACCAGGAGAGUGUGGUGUGA